GGUACCACGGGUGAGCGGGCUGAGCGCCGCUCAGGCGCUGGCCAGACAACAGGGACGCGGGACACGGGUGAGCUGGACAGGUCACCUGACAGGGACGCUGCGCAGGGACGCCAGCCGUAGCGGAGCACCGAGGACAUCUGGAAGGCUUCGCGGUUCGGAUUAUCGGGAGAACCUUCUGACCAGGUGUCGUGGCCUGUGGUCUGACGGCCCGCUCUGAUCUGACCUUUGUGAUCUGAUCUGACCCUGUGUGACCUGAUCUGAUCUUGUGUGACCUGGUCUGACCUAGCCUGAUCUGACCUCAUUUGAAGCCCUAUUACAACCUUAUCGUCUCGACUGCCCUGAUCUUACCUGGUCUCGGACAAAAUCGUCAGACGUAAGCUUGCGAAUACCAGCACAUAUCGCACCUGAGCUGAACUGGAUGUUCACCGUCCUGCCCUGAACUCCCUCGGCUCCUCUGAUCCCCUGAUCCCCUCUGAGCUCCUCUGAUCCUCUGGUCUCCUCUGACCUCCUCUGACCCCCGUCACCCCAGCUGUCAGUCCCUGACCUGACCCAGUCGGUGAUGGGCAAGUCAGGGGUGCUCCCGCUGGUGGCGGCGACGCUCCUGCUGCUGACCUGCUCCCACUUGACCCGGGGCCAGGUCGAGUUCCCGGGCCGGUGCCCACCAACGCCCAUCAUACGCGACUUCGACUGGUACAGGUAUAUGGGAAGAUGGAAUGACGUCUUUCGCUACUUUGUAUUUUAUCAAACAAUCGGCAAGUGCUGGAGUGGUACUUACAGCAUGCGCAAAAGUGGUCAGGUACAGGUCACCUUGCGUUUGCGAGAUAAGCUGCUCAGCAAGCCGCUCAAGAUCACCGUGAAUGUGAACCAGCAGAGUCCGUACACGCCCAACAAGCUGUUCUACACGAUCCCGGGAGUGCCGCUGCUCAGAGACAAUUACGAGGUUCUCCGAACGGAUUAUGACAACUGGACGAUCGAGUACUCGUGCAGAAACAAGCCAUACGGAAGGCACGCGAAGCAGGUGUGGAUCCUCACCCGGUCACCACACCCUAGCCGAGCCGUGCUUCGCAAGGCGUUCUACGCGCUUCGUGACCUCGGCAUUCGAAUCACGCCGUUUCGGCGGAGCGACCAGUCGUGCUCCAGGACGCCCUACGGACACGUGCACGGCCGCAGCUUGAGCCUGGAGCCGGCGACUCUAGCGAAGCGCAGCGACCUUCUAGCGCUCUCGGACAUAUUCGCCGAACUGGCGACCAACGGAACGGUGGCGGGCGAUGGUGGUGACAUCUAGCGGGAGGAAGCGUGACGAGGUGUCCUGUGGAGCAUCCAGAACCAUUUCAUAUUGCAAAUGCGGAGGAGCAUUGGUUGGCAAGGCUGGCUCGGAAAGCCAAGCGGGUCUAGAGUUUCCGGGCUUCUAUUUUAAGAGCCAGGGAUUGGGAAUGAAUCGGCUAUAGCCCCGCUGGCCGUCAAGGACAAACCAAAAUAUGUUCAACAGACAGGGGAACCAGCACGUGGAAUUACAUAAAUAAGCUAUUGCCAUCGCAUCACCACGCAGCACUUGUAUCCAAUCUACCGUAUAACUGUAGAUAUGUAAUCACUGAGCGAAGUGGUUCAAGAUCUCGCUUACUGCGAUCCAGCAUUGGAGGUGCAUGUGCACGGUGCGGGGGACUGGUGUGUUAUUGCAUGAAGUCAUCGGAUGACCCAUGUGGGGUCAUCCGAUAUCACAUCUUGUUUUGUGCUCACUUCUCAUCUGCAUCAUAGUUUUCG